AUACGAGUAUUUAUCGAGUACAUUACUUCGUGUGUACAACCAUUGCGGUGCAAUCGCGAAUAUAUGGGAAUAAGUGCCCAUCUACAAUAGGUGUUUUAAGCCCUAAGCCCUAAGAAAUUGACCAAUCACAGUCAACUAUUCUCCUCAAAUUCAACUGUGAUUGAACAAUUUCUUAAGGCUUAGGGCUUAAAACACCUAUUGUAGACCGGUACUAAAUAUAUGGAAAAAUUCAAAGGUUUCGUACAGCUUGGGCUUCUGGCAGUUUUUCUUAAUUCUAUAUUCUCGUAUUUUUCUUUUCAGGACAAUUACAUAUUUUAAAACAUUGUAUCGAUUCUAGUACAUAGCAUAAAGGGAUCGAUCAAUGCGGUAAUUUUAAUACGUAUUACAAAUAAUUCAUUGAACAUACCGUCAAAAAAUGGCAGUACAUUUCGAUUUCAUCGUAACACAUUCCAUGCAAUUCGAAGUACCUAUAUAUAUUACGAUUUUCAAAAUAUUAAAAUCAUCGGACACAUAAAACGUGAUAAUCAAAAUAAUAAAUUGCAUACGUUUAACGUCGUAAAAUAAAAUUUCUAAGAUAUUUCAGAUAUAUAUUAGAUAUAGAAAAAUGAUCGAAUGUUGCAUUGUGUGAUAUUUUCCUAAUAUUUUAAAAACGUAAUCGAAAAAAUUAUCGAUUUCUACGAUGUUUCCGCAACGCUAAUAAUGAGAUUAUAAAUGUCGAAUAGAAUAAGAAAUAAUUAAGGAGGACAUGAAGCACGCGGUAUAGGUAUCCAAUAAGUGUGAGAACAAAGAAUGUUUCGAAGUCUGCUAUUGGUUACAAGCGCCUGAAUGUUAUUGGUCGAAGUACACGUGUCACGAAGCAUGCUUUACACGUGCGUUGUCUCUUGGCGAGCUGCUGGCCUACUAAAUCUGUUGCUUUAACAAUUUUCAAGUUUUUUUAUUCAUUAUUUGUUUUUAUCAUUCACAUAUGACCUAUUAUACGUACAUAAUUUAUUAGUUUGACCGGCUUACGUACCGUUCGUACUCAUCGGUUUUAGGUUUUAGUCAUUAUCCAGACCACCGAUUUUUAAUAUAGUACGCUGGCGAUUUUUCCACGAAAAACGAAGCAUAAUACUGGAAUGAAGAACAAAAGACAGAUCUAUGAUUAGCGCAAUGUUCAUAAAUCAUAUAGUGAUUAGGCAAGAUUAAUAAAGUUUACGAGAGAUUAUUUUUGUAAUAAAUAUGUCAUCUUUUGACGAAAAAGUAAAACAUACAUUGAAGAGUUACAUCACACGACAACAUCAACGGAAGCAGCAGCAAGAAAAUAAAGAGCAAACUCCAAGCGCAGAAAGGUGUGAAAUAGAGAGAAAAAUCUGCUAUGUGCAAAGGACGAUUUCCGAACUAGAGAAGGAGAGACGUAUGUUGAUCCAGGAAUUCAAGCAGGUAUUGAAUGAGGAGAUCGAAAUUGAAAAACAACGAUAUAUGGAGAGAAUGAGGUUCGUACGCCGAUUAAGAUUCCUGUUUACUCACCACUACUAUCUCAGAUUGUGACGUCAGAAGUGAAAAAAUAUACAAUAAAAAUUCUUACUAAAUAUAUUUAAAUGGAAAUAUGUUUCAAUAAAUCAACACUUACAAUCGAUAGAACCGACUUGUAAAAUAUACCGAAAAUUAAUUUUUUGUUUCGGGGAGGAAUUAAAUCAUAUUUAUUUCUAUAUAUUAUUAAUUUGACAGUUGUCAUUAGCUGUGAACAUAGCUUAUUUCGUUUUUUAUUAUACAUAAUUAACGAAAUAAAAAGAGAGUUUUCGGUAUUUACAAGUCAGUUCUAUCGAUUGUAAGUAUUGUUUUAUUAAAACGUAUUUCCAUUUUAAUAUUUAGCAAAAUUUUUACUGUAUA